GUGACAGCAGUUCCGUGCAAGCUCAGCUGAAAGGCGUGCAGCACGUCCAAGCUUCUAGAAGGGCUUUUGCCGCGAUCCUGCUUGACGGAUCUGUCGUCUCCUGGGGCAAUGAGGAUUGUGGUGGUGACAAUAGUGCCGUGCAGGCUCAGCUGUGGGGUGCGGCAUCACACGAAGCUGCGAUCCGUGAUUGA